ACAACCAGGAGAGAGAGAGCACUGGCCUAUGCUUUCUCACAACAGCUGCGAAUCUGUUCGAAGAGAAAAUCAAACAAAUAUAACAGCAACGCAGAACCAAACAUGAGUUGGAGUUGGCUUGAACGGUGGAUGGCGACUCGCCUUCCAGACACUGCAUCAGGUGAUGAAAGCCGCCAUGGCCUUGGUGGUAACCACCAGAAAUUUACAGUGAGAAAGCGGUUUUUAGAUGUGGCCAGGGAAGAAAAAGAGAGCUGUGGGUCCAAUGAAGCGCCUCUUCAAUUUGAUAACUAUUCCACAACUUCACAAGAAGUACUAAAAAAAGAUCAUGAACUCAUUCUUCCACCAGCAACAAAAGCAAAGAACAACCUUAAAGGUAGAAGAAGGACUGUGUCAAGGAGGAAAACUGUGCCAAGCUAUCAUCAAUUCCCUGAAGAGCAUUUCAAGGUAAGCAAAAGAGAUGGUUCAAGCGGUGUCAGAAAAGAUAAUAGGCAAUUGAGAAGCAGAAGGACAGAAAUGAAAUCAAACUCUCCAAGCAGAAGCUUAACUUAAUUUGUGUUUUGUAUUGAAAUGAAGCUUGUUUUAUAUAUAAAUAAUUGCCUUUCUCUUUUUUAGAUGCAUCAUUCCAUGAUCUUAUGUGAGUAAUCCCUUUUCAGCAUAAUAAUAUCACUUGUGGCAA